ACGACUUCGGAUUAAGUCCGAUUUACCGACUAUAAUCUGUCAGGAAUCUUGCUGCAUAACGUCUACCAGCAUUUUCUCUGUUAAAAUCUCUGAUUUCUCGGAGCUUUAAAACCCAAAACUUAAAAACAUAAGACCUUCGAGUAGGCUGUUAGUCUGUGGCAAUAACAAAGGGAUUGAAUAUCCUUGUAAUGUUGGCGUUUCAGGGCCACCAAAUCCUCCAAAAACAUCCGGUCCUCACCCACUAUUCUCCUCCAGUCUCUUCCAUUUCCACGAACCCUAGUUCUCUCUCAACUCGACCGUCUAACAACCAAUCAAUUCAAUCCCUCUGUCUUAAGAACAAUCUCAAACAAGCCCUCCAACUCCUUUACAAAGAACCUAACCCCACUCAACACACUUACGAGCUCUUAAUUCUUUCUUGUUCCCGCCAAAACUCACUUUCCGCCGCCGGAACUGUUCACCGCAGGCUAAUUCAUGAUGGGUUUGACCAGGAUCCUUUCUUGGCCACUAAGCUCAUUGAUAUGUACUCCCAACUUGACUCAGUUGAACGUGCACGCAAGGUGUUUGAUAGAAUUCGUAGGAGAACUGUGUUUGUGUGGAAUGCCAUUUUUCGGGCCUUAUCGUUGAAGGGUAAUGGGGAGGAGGUUUUGAAUCUUUAUAGGAAGAUGAAUGCGAUUGGGGCUCGUUCGGAUAGGUUUACCUAUACUUAUGUGCUUAAGGCUUGUGUUGCUGGGGAGGGGUUGAGUUGGGGUUUGAGCAAAGGAAGGGAGAUUCAUGCACAGAUUUUAAGACAUGGGUAUGAGAGUCAUGUUCAUGUUAUGACUACUUUAGUGGAUAUGUAUGCUAGGUUCGGUUGUGUGGAUGAUGCUUGUUUUGUUUUUAAUGAGAUGCCGGAGAGGAGUGUGGUUUCAUGGAGUGCAAUGAUUGCUUGUUAUGUGAAGAAUGGUAUGUCACUUGAAGCGUUAGAGCUUUUCCGCGAAAUGAUGGGGGAGAGUGAUGAUUUGUUGCCAAAUUCAGUGACGAUGGUUAGUGUUAUUCAAGCUUGUUCGGCACUAGCUGCUUUGGAACAAGGGCAGUUAAUACAUGCCUAUGUCCUACGGAAAGGUCUUGAUUCAGUUUUGCCUGUUACGAGUGCUUUGGUGACUAUGUAUGCAAGAUGUGGUGAGCUUGAACUUGGACGUCGUGUUUUUGAUCAAAUGGAUAGGAGAGAUGUUGUGGCGUGGAAUUCCAUGAUUUCGAGUUAUGGUAGUCAUGGUUUUGGCAGGAAAGCAAUUGAUCUUUUUAAUGAGAUGGUAGGCAGUGGCAUAAAGCCGAGUCUUAUAUCUUUUGUAAGUGUUUUAGGAGCUUGUAGUCAUGAAGGGCUCGUUGAGGAGGGAAAGAGGUUGUUUGACUCAAUCAGAAAAGAACAUGGAAUGUAUCCUAGCGUUGAGCACUAUGCCUGCCUUGUUGACAUUCUUGGUCGAGCAAAUCGCCUGGAUGAAGCAGCUAAGGUUAUAUCAGAUAUGCGAAUUGAACCUGGACCUACAGUUUGGGGUUCUCUUCUUGGAUCAUGUAGGAUUCAUUGCAAUGUUGAAUUUGCAGAAAUGGCAUGCAAAAGGCUUUUUCAGCUGGAACCAGAAAAUGCGGGUAACUAUGUACUAAUGGCUGAAAUAUAUGCAGAGGCUGGAAUGUGGGAUGAUGUAAAGAGAGUCAAAAAUCUUCUUGAGACGCGAGGAAUUCAAAAGCUCUCAGGUUGUAGUUGGAUUGAGGUUAAAAGGAAAAUUUACUCAUUUAGCUCAGCAGAUGAGCUCAACCCGCAGAACGAACAGAUCCACGCCUUGUUACUGAAACUGUCAACUGAAAUGAAGGAGAUGGGCUAUGUGCCGCAAACCAAAGUAGUGCUCUAUCAUCUUGACGAAGAGGAGAAGGAAAGAAUUGUAUUGGGUCACAGUGAAAAACUGGCACUUGCAUAUGGGUUGAUAAACAACAGCAGAGGGAAAACAAUUAGGAUCACGAAGAACUUAAGGUUAUGCGAAGACUGUCAUUCUUUUACAAAGUUCAUCUCCAGAUUCGUAAGCAAAGAGAUUCUGGUUCGAGAUGUGAACCGUAUACAUCAUUUUAGAGAUGGGAUUUGUUCCUGUCAGGAUUAUUGGUAAUCUUGUAGCUUAGUUCCUGAUUUUUGCUCCUCAACUUCAAUACCACCAUUGAAUUCUAAUAAGAUUUUAUACGUGUA